UUAAUAAACACAUUCUGGUAUCACUCUUCAUCAAACACCCCACGAGCCUCUUCCAGCAUUUUCAAUCCCCUUCUCUUUUAUCCUUAUCUCACUGCCCCUAAACCUCCCCACACUUCAAUUAUUUAUUUCUAUCUCUCUUUCUCUCUCAUAUACAUUUUCUCAUACACAUGGUGCCCUUCACUUUGCUCUAGCUCAAACCUAUCAAAACCCAUCGACCCAUCAAAAAACAACGACGACCCAUUUCAGCAAACAGGGCCGAGAAGCUCAAAAUCAGCCAUGGCCCUCGAAACCCUCCUAUUCAAAGUCAAAACCGCCAUAUCAAACAGCUUCGACUCGGUUCCGCCGAAGCUUCUGAAGAAGAAACCUUCCUUCAAGUCCAAACAAAACGUCGGCGUAUUGGCCUUCGAGAUCGCCGGAGUCAUGUCGAAGCUCCUCCACCUGUGGCAGUCCCUCUCCGACGCCACUAUCAUCCGCAUCCGAAACGACGCCGUCACGCUCGAGGGCGUUCGGAAGAUCAUCUCCAACGACGAGUCCUUCCUACUCGGACUCGCCUGCGCCGAGUUCGCCGAGAGCCUCCGACUCCUCGCCAACUCGGUCACCCGACUCAGCCACCGGUGCGAUGACCCGACCCUCCAGUCCUUCCACUGGGUUUUCCUCGAGUUCGCCGAUUCGGGCCGCGACCCACACGGGUGGGCCCUCUCGGGCCCGAAGGAAACCGAAGCGAAGCUCAAGAAAAUGGAGCGUUACGUGACGGUCACGGCAACUUUGUACCGCGAAAUGGAAGAGCUUUCGGUUUUGGAAAGUGGGCUGAGGAAAGCUUUGAAUCAUAGCAAUGUUGGGAGUGAAAACAAUGAAGGUUCUUUGGUUGGGAAAGAGCAGAAAAUCUAUGAACUUCAGCAGAAGAUUUUUUGGCAGAAACAAGAGGUGAAGGAUCUAAAAGAUAGAUCUUUGUGGAGCAGAAGUUUUGAUAGUGUUGUUAUAUUGCUUGUGAGGUUUAGUUUCAGUGUUUUGGCAAGGAUUAAGGUUGUCUUUGGAAUUGGUCAUUGUGUGCCUUGUUUGUCUCGUAGUUUGUCAACUUCGGCCACUGUUUAUCCCUCUGAUCAAAACCCUACUUCUUGUCAUGAAUUCGUUUCUGGUGGGUUUUUUGAGUCCAACUCCAAGCUUUUGAAGCCACCUCCCAGUACUUUGGGUGCUGCGGCUUUGGCUUUGCACUAUGCCAACUUGAUCAUAGUGAUGGAGAAAAUGAUUAAGUCACCACAUUUGGUUGGUGUGGAUGCAAGGGAUGAUUUGUAUGCUAUGUUACCAAUUAGCAUAAGGUCAGCUUUGAGGGUUAGGUUGAAAGGAGUUGGGUUUUGUGCAAGUGAUCCUGUUCUUGCUGGUGAAUGGAGGGACGCAUUGGGGAGGAUACUGGGGUGGUUGUCACCCUUGGCACAUAACAUGAUCAAGUGGCAGAGUGAAAGAAGUUUUGAGCACCAAAAUUUGGUGCCCAAGACCAAUGUGCUGCUAUUGCAGACUUUGUUCUUUGCAAACAAGGAGAAGACAGAGGCUGCUAUAACUGAGUUGCUUGUGGGAUUAAACUAUAUUUGGAGGUUUGAGAGGGAAAUGACUGCUAAGGCAUUGUUUCAAUGCUCCAAUUUCAAUGGGUCCUUAAAUUUGCAGAAACCCACUUAAUGUCAUGGGUUUCUUUUUCUUUUAUUCCCUUCUUCCAUAAUAGGGGUUCUAAUUUUGUCUCUUGAAAUUUUAUGGUGGUUGAUUAUAGAUAAAUUGAACUAAGUUCAGAGCCUUAUGGGUUUGUUUUGCUUCUAACCCAGAUCUGUAAAUCAGUAAAUGG